AUGGCCUUUGCUCGUCCUUCUUCUUCUUCUUCCUUCUUGCUCGCUUCCAUCCGUCGUCCUCACACUCUCCAAUCCAUCGCAUCUCAACCAAAGCUAUCCAGGUCGUUUCACAAGACUUCGCCCAUCAUGUCUAACGUUUACUUUGACGUCGAGUACACCGACAAGAACAACUCUGUUCAGAGCGGCCGCAUCAACUUCAGACUCUAUGAUGAUGUUGUGCCAAAGACCGCUGCCAACUUUAGGGCCCUCUGCACCGGCGAGAAGGGUUUCGGAUACUCUGGCUCUGGUUUCCACCGUAUCAUCCCAGGCUUCAUGAUCCAGGGCGGUGACUUCACCCGUGGAAACGGAACCGGUGGAAAGUCCAUCUACGGUGAGAAGUUCGCCGAUGAGAACUUCAACCGCAAGCACGACCGCCCUGGUCUCUUGUCCAUGGCCAACGCCGGCCCCAACACCAACGGCUCUCAAUUCUUCAUCACCACCGUUGUCACCUCCUGGCUUGAUGGAAAGCACGUUGUCUUCGGCGAGGUCGCUGACGACAAGUCUAUGGAGAUCGUCAAGUGUCUCGAGGCCUGCGGCAGUGCUUCCGGUGCCGUCAAGACCAGCCACAAGCCCUGCAUUAAGGGCUGCGGUGUCUUGUAA